AUGAUGCUACACUGCUGAUAUGAAUGCAUGACGGGAUGAGGUCACUGACAUCCUGUUGGUCAGAUAAGAACAGAACGUCUAUUCGACACAAGUCUCUUUUUUAACGUUUAACGUGCAAAGGGAAGCAUCAAUGAACCCUAACCCUUAACUGUAGAGAUGUAUAUAUAAACUACUUUUUUCAGAAUAGACAAAUUAUUUGAUGUGCAUUAACCAAUAACGGUUCACAUUCUGAACAUUGGCUUGUCGUUGGGCGUUUAUGAAUAAAGGAAGAGAAGACUCAUUUGUCAGUUGACCCUCCAGCUAUGUGGCUUCCACUUCUCUUUUUCCAACUGCUCGGAGUGGUGGGAUCGAACCAGCAGGUCCUCGGCUUCCUUGGAGAAAGCGUGACCCUGUCCCCUGCCCUAGAUGUGACCCAGCGGAAUAUUUCCUCCAUCAAAUGGCUCAUCCUGUCCAACGACACAUGGAUCGCGACCUACCAAGGCGGGAUAACCAACACCAACCAUUUCUGGCAGUACAGGGGAAGGCUCAACCUCGACAUCUCGUCAGGUGACCUGACGAUCAAAAAUCUGAUCAAAAAGGAUGCCAUGAAGUACGUUUUUGAAGUUGGUUUCCAAGGAGAUGAAGAAAUCAGCCGCAAGUUUGUCCUCAGAGUUGAACAACGCCUCGCGCAGCCUCGGGUCACCAAGCACCACGGCUGGUCGGAGGACGGCAGCUGCACGGUGACACUCCUGUGCUCCUCGCCGAACGCUUCCGUGAACUUCACUUGGAGCUCCACGCCUCUCGCCACGAUCCUGUUCGAGGGGUUCCGUGCAAAUACUGCCUACCUCCUGGCCUCCAUGCGAGCAGACCAAGUGGUCAGCUUCACCUGCAACACCGCCACAGCGCUGGAGUCCACCAGCGACACUCUUAAUGUCGAGUGUGUUCGCGAGCCAAUCCCAAAGCCCACACCGCACCCUCCCCAUUGUGUUGCCUUUGGUUAUGGUGUUCUCCUUGGGAGCUGCCUUGGUAUUCUGCUUGCGAUGAUAACGUAUAUCCUCAGAGAAAGAAUUGAAGAUUGUAUUUACUAUCUCACCGAUAAGUGAUGUGCAACAAACAAACCAUAUUCUUCUCUAAUAUGUAUUCUGGCAUACAGAGGGGUUUGGAUGACUGGUCCGUUUGUCUCAAUUGGCUUACUGAUUAUGUGGCUUAACCUGAUCUAAAUAACCCUUACGGUAUUUAACCCUUCAAAUGGAGCACCACUUCCCUCACAGAGAAUAUAAUCUCUGAAAACAAAUGUGUCCAAAUGAAGAUUGUGGUAUUUGAAGCAUUCUGGUCUCUGUUUGUAGUCUGAGUAAUCUUGACCAAUCAAGUUCGUGCAUGCUGUGGUUGCAUGCAGAUAAACUGUCCGUGUGGAGAGCAACAAUCCCGGGUCCCAUCGGCAAGCGCUGACGACAGUUGCGCUUUUUUCUUUGCCUUGAUAUCGUUCUAUAGAGACUAGUGGAGAAAAUGAUGUUAACGUCACUAAAAGAGGUUACGUUGAGGUAGUUAUGAUGCAUCUUAAAUUAUUACAAUUUAAGUUUCAACCUAGCUAGUUACAGCGGAGGAGUGUGAACUUUGCACUUGAACUUAUGAACAGGUUUACCAUGGAGAGGCUGCGAGAGGCUAACUAUUACUAUAACAUCAGCGGGUGUCCAUACAGGUUUGAUUUUGACAUCAGCCUAGCGGUUAGUUUGCGGUGUGUUCUAAAUGACACAAAGUCACGCCUUUUCUAUUUUUUUUCCAAGGUAAACGAGGCCGGUCAAGCUAACGUUUGGGCCGUUGUUGGCCUUACACGCUAGCAUUCUGCUAAUGAAUGCUGAUUGGUCAGGGACGGACUUGCGACUGAUUACGACCAGAGAUGGCAUCUGAAGCUGAAGCACAAUCAGAAACAUUAUCUUAAGGAGGACCUUCCGUCAAAGUUAAUUUUUGCGUGAUGUAUUUGUAUUUUCCUGCUGGCACUUUUAUCUUUUAUAUAGUUAUGUAUGGUGAAAGUACAUGGGUAUAAAUGGGAUUUCUUCCAUUUCUUGUGUUCAAUGUUCAAUGUGUUAUAUACAUGAUACGGUAUGACAACCUUAAAUAAUACGGUCAAUGUCCCGCUCAAUAUCAUUUCAUCUGUCAUUGUCUAUUUUUCGAAAAUAAAGACAGUUUUAAAGAAAAA